AAAAAAAAAAUAAGAAAGAAAAUAUCUAAAUAAUAAGUUUUUCUUUUGCUAAAGAGUGUGUAGAUCGUUUAGAAUUGGUGACAACACGAAGAAAUUGUCUUCCAAUUAACAAAAAAUAAAAAUAUUAAGACAUAUACUACCUAUAUAAAAAGCUUUUGGCUACAUAUAUCGGAGAUUUGCAAAAAAUAAAAAUAAAAAAGAAAAACACAACAACAACAACAAUAAAAAAGCAUCAACAGCAAUACAUAACAUGAAACGAUUCGUUUAAAAUACCUAACUCAAAAUGUUUGUGAAAUACGAAAUAACCAAACAACGGCAGCAACAGCAACUAAACAGACAACAACAACAACAACAUUGUCUAUAUAUUUUGUGAAACAUCAAUCUUUGGGUGAACAACCAAAGCGCUGCUAGUAGCACCACACUAACCCACUACUGUGUGUGUGUAUGUGCCGAAAGUAUACAAUUAAUAUAACAAGAGAAAAAGGCAGCAAAGCAAGCAACUCGGAGAAGUACAAAUUGUAGUUGUUUUUAUUAUUGUUAUUUGUUGCUCAGAGCGCGCGCAACAUAAUCAUCCUCAACGUUGCCAUCGUCAUUAUCAACAUCAUAGCCAUCAGCUGGCAUCACCCAUAACAACAAUAAAGACAACAAACAUCAAGAGCACCAUUGAAAUUAUCGUCUUGGGUAUCUUCUUGUAUGCUCCUUUGUUGUGUUGAGUUGAACAACAUCUCUUCAAGGCACGAAGUCGUCGUGGUAGCCUUCUUCGUAGUCGUUAACGUCGUCGCGUUCGUUCGUUCUCCCCCUUUUUUACCACCCACUUUCUUCGACAGCUUUAAGAAUACGCACCCCCCAAGCUAAGUCGUCGACGCCAUCGCCGUUGCCGUCAACGCAUAUGUAUAUCCACACUCAAUUGUUUCGCGAAUGUGUGUGUGUGUGUGCACCUCGGCAUUAAAAUCAUCAUCAUUGUUUAACAUCGUGUAGAAAAAAUUCUUGUUGAUUCAGUUUAUCCUCUCGCGUUUGUUAAUAUAGCUAUCUACUUAUAAAAAAAAAAAUAAGAAAUACAAAAACAACAAAUAAAUAACAAAAAAACCAUAACAAAACAAACCCAGAGAAUUGGGAGAAAGAAGUACAAUAACAACAUCAACACCGACGGCAAGAGCAAACAAAAACCGCACAAAUGAAAAUGGUUGAUAAGUCAUCAAAAUUGGAUAAAUAUAGCGCCAAUAUGAACGCUUCCACAUCAGCGGCGGCCGCUGGUAUUGGCGGCGUCGUCGGCAGUGGGUCUGGUGUAGUCGGUAUCGGUAAUAGUGGCUCUAAUGUCACCGGUUAUUAUUAUCAUGCCUUGCAGCAGCAGCAUCAGCAACAGCUACAGCAACAACAGCAUCAGAGUAGUAGCAGUAGUAGCCAUCAACAACAACAUCAUCAUCAUCAGAACGGUCAAAAACCAGUUCCAAUGAAGUUAUUUGCUGCUUGGGAAGUUGAUCGUACACCACCGAAUUGUAUACCGAGAUUAUGUUCGCUGACAAUAACCCGUUUAACAAUUUUAACACCCCUGCCUGGCGAUAUGACAUCGCUAUCGCUGGCGGUGAAAAUGCAAAGUUCCAAGCGUACGCUACGCUCCCACGAAAUACCCAUAAGUGGGGCUAGCUUUGUGCAAAUAACCUCAAGCAGCAAUGCAACCGCUUCACUUGGUGUCAGUGGUGGUGGUGGUGGUGGCAGUGGUGCCACUGCCAAUGCAAGCAAUAACAUUAGUGGAGGCGUCGGAAAUCUUUCCAUGAUGCAACAACAGGGUAAUUCACCCAUUUCUGUAUCCAUGAUGAAUUCCGGUCAGUCAACCAUUGGCGGUAGCAGUGGUGGCAUCAGCAGCGGUGGCAACUCACAUAUGGUUGGCACACCGGGUAGUAUUGGUAAUGCUGGCAUUGGUACAGCAACUAAUCCAAAUGGUGGUGGUGGUGGCAUGCUAUUGGGUGGCAGUUUACCACUGUCCGAAACUGAGCUGGAUUUAAAUUUUAGUCUUCAAUAUCCACAUUUCAUAAAACGUGAUGGCAAUAGACUGGUUAUACUACUACAACGACGCAAGAAAUAUAAGUCACGCACCAUUUUGGGCUAUAAAACACUGGCCGAAGGAUUCAUACGCAUGGAUGCUGUUUUGCAGAAAUCAAUGGAUAUGACUGUCGAAUUGACAGCUUCCGGCAAAAAUGGUCGUCCUGGCACCACCGUAGCCUGUCUGCGUGCCGAACGUGUCUCGUCCAUUCCCGUUGAUCAUGACAAUAAAAAUAAUAAUAGUGUCCUAUUGGCAGAUCGUGUCGCUGAAUAUUCAGAUGAGGAUGAAGAAGGUGAAUUUAGUUCUGGUGAAUUUAAUGAUGAACUCGGCAUACCCGGUUAUGAUCCGAAACGCGAUUAUAAUCCUUCCAAGCAUGAUAUGCGUAAAUAUCGCAAAUUGCAACGGUCCGAAGUUGAAGAUGUUGUGGCAUUAGCCGGCUCCAAUAAUCCCGUCGACAGUGAUAGUGAAUUCGAAAUGAAGGAUAAGAGUUCAUCACGUGCUAAGAUAAGCAGGACUAUUUCCUUGCAACAACGUAAUUUUAAGCAAAAAAUCUUUGCUUUGCUGAAACGUUUCAAAGCCUCUGAGGAAUUGGAAGGUGAAGUGAAUCGCGGCACAGCCGCUCUACGUGGUGAACGUGAUUUGGAUGCUUUAUUUCAAGAGCUCGAAUCAUUGUCAUGCUGUGAGGGUGAUGAUUCGGGGCCAGAUAUAGACAGUCUAUCGAUUGGUUCGACACCCAAACCCUCCCUAAGGCCAUUCUUUACCAACUCACGCAUAAUGUUGCACGAUGCUGCUGGUGAAAUGGUACAUCAUCCUACCUCGCCAAUACACGACCACGACCGAACUUGGUCUGUUAAGAUUCUACAAAAGUUUUUAACUUCCAAAACUAAAGGCAACAUUGAGCGCAGAUCAUCGGACAAAAGCGACCAAUUGACAAAUUCGUCAUUUCAAAUUGAAAAUAACAAGCAAAAAUGCAUUCAUUUAACAAACAAUAACAAUUCGGCAACAACACCAGAUCGUAUUUGUGAUAAUCGUAAUGAUAGUUCCGGUAAUGAAGGUAAUGCCGUCUACACUGAUGGCCAAACUUCAGAUCCGCAAAAUAGUCCUCCACGCGGAGAUAAAGACUUUAUGCGCAUGCAAGCCCAUCCAGCCCUGACACCGGUCAAUACCAGUGCCAAUUUAUUGGCUUCAAUGGUGGGACAACAAAAUGCCAAUAAUGCCGCCGCCGCCGCCACAACACCCUCAUCCAAUGAGAAACGCUCACGUCUAUUCCGCUCCUCGAGUAGUACACCGGGCGGUGGUAAGAAGAAGCAAACGCUUAGCCUAAGUGCAGAACCACGCUCAGUAUUAGAGACUUGCUUGUCGCCCACCAAUGUGGAACCACGUAAAAUGCUGCUGGAUCAGUUGAGCCGCAUAUUUGCCAGUGAGGAUUCGGUUAUACCCGAUGAGGUGACAAUAAUCAGUCCACCGGAAGCUUUAAGCGGUAGUAGUUUAGUACCCAAAUUGACAACAUUGUUUGCGAAUUCCUUUAAACCGGCCUUUGUGCCCCAGAAUACGGCCGAGGUGAAGGCGGUGUUACAAGCCCUCAUGGGCAAGAUACAGAAAUACUGCAAUUCAAAUGCCAAACCCCCCACCACAGUGAAAAUCCUAUUAAUCGGCGGUGAUUGGUUGCAGGGAGCUGCCCUGCGGCAUUAUGUGGAAUUGAUGGGUGUACGACCUCCCGAUUGGCUUAAUCAUUUGCGUUUCUAUAUUGUGCCCAUUGGUAGCAGCACCAUAGCUCGCCAUCUUAGUCAAAUGGAUCAGACCUAUGCGGCCAUGUUCGGUUCAGACAAUUGGUAUCAACUUUGUGAGAGAGCUGCCCAGACAGCGGCAGCAGUAAGCGCUGUAAAUGCAGCAAAUGCGGCAGCCUUGUCAGCCACAGCAUUGGCUGAUGCUGCAGCGGUUACAGGAAAUAAAUCGGAUAUUGUAGAGUUAGUUAAUCGUAUACAACGAUAUUUGCAUGCGGCUGGACCCUGCACACAAAUACCCAUAGCCGAGGCUAUGGUCAACUAUAAAGAUGAAGACUCAUGUCAAAUAUUUGUGCCAUUUGUUAGUGAUGUACGUAUUGGUUGUUUAGAAGGUCCCACGGCCUCCCUCGAUCUCGAAGAAAACUAUGCUCAAUCCUCCAUGUUAGGCUUAACGCAGCAGCAGUUGCAACAACAACAACAACAGUCACCCAAUCCCAGUGUAGCCAUACCCAUUGGCAACUCGAAUUCUCAAAUAUCCUCAAAUAUUGCCACACAAAAUUUAACCUCCAACCUUCAACAAGGUGUGGUUAGCAAUAGUGGCGGAGGUUUUGUUUCGGGUUCACCACCCCAAAGUGGCCGCAUAUCACCACCCCUGCAGACACCUCCCUCCUCGGCAUCAUCGCAUCGCGAAGGCGGCGGCCGUAUGGGUGAUAGUUUUAGUGCCACACCCCAACAUUUACAGGGCAAUAUGUCUAGCGAAGCUGUCGAAUUGCAAGUGGACUAUUGGCCCGUCAUACGACCCGGUGAACAUACCAGUUCCAAAGACAAGAGCACCACCAAAGGCGGUGAUCAGGGUGGUAAAAAUAGCAUAAAGAGUACAUUUAGAAGUCUACAGGUAUGGCGUCUGCCACAAAAUGCUCAAUUGGGCGAAAUAACGAAUGGUCUGACCGUUUCGUUUGCAACCAAAGAAAAGAAACAAAAGCAAAUUAUGCGUUUGGGUAAGAAGAAGGAAAAAGACCGUGAUCUCGAAAAGGAGCAAUGUGUCGAGGGAGUUGCUCGCUUAAUAUGCUCACCUAAGCAAUCACAUCCAGUGCCAUUAAGAGUUUACAUUGAUGGCACUGAAUGGACAGGCGUUAAAUUCUUCCAAUUAUCAUCGCAAUGGCAAACACAUGUUAAAAACUUUCCAAUUGCUCUAAUUGGUUGUACACCCAUGUCAUGUUCGGAAUUAUCCUAGUCAUUUUCUUAAGUAAAUAUCAUAGAUUUAUAAAACAUACAAACAUCUAUACAUCGUGAGGAAAAACAAAACUAAAUUUAAAAUGCUAAACAAAAACACAGAAGAAUACCACAAACCCCAUAUUAAAAAUACCAUAUAAAAACUAAAGUUGAUAAAACUAAACAAAACCAAGACCGUCGUUAAUAUUUUAUCAAAUUUAAGCUAAACAAAACUACAACAACAGAAAAAAAGACGGUACAAGCAAACAUUAUUCACUUUUAAAAGUCGAGGGUUUAAUGAUUUGUUCAUGAUACUGAUUAUGAUGACUUUUAUAUAUAUAUAUAUUGGAAUUGAAAAAUUUUAAUUUGUUUUGUAUUAUUUUUUUUAUAUAUACAUAUAAUUUUCCUUUUUAUUUUUUAAUUUACUUUGUAAAACAGUAGAAAUUAAUUGUAAAAAUAUUUAAAAAAAAAUUAUAAUAUAAUUAUAAAUUGUAUCAUUAUAUAUAUAUACCACAUGAUAAUACAAUAAAAAAAAAAAACAAAAACAAAACCCCUGGGCCUACGCCCUAAAAACUGAGCAAACAAAAAAAUACAGGCAUAGACUCAAUAAUAAUGAUAUAUAUAUAUUAUAAAUGAUAAUAAAAACAACAAAAUUAACCGUUAAAA